UUGGGUAGCGUUCCUCGGCGUAUCAUCUUUUGCUUUACCACUUUUAGUUUCACAAUCAAGUGUACGUUUUACUGCACAAACAGCAGAUGUCACAAAUCGCCGGGAAACGUCCUGGCGUUGGGGUGGGUGUGCUGGUCACAGACUCGGCUCAUUCACGCUGCGUUCUCCUCGGGAAAAGGAAAAGUGUUAUGGGAAACGGGAAGUAUCAACUUCCUGGCGGUCACUUGGAGUUUGGAGAGACUUGGGAAGAGUGUGCUCAAAGGGAGGUGCUCGAGGAAGCUGGCCUGCAUUUGGUGAACAUCCGUUUUGCCUCUGUGGUGAACUCCAUCAGACUGGAGGAGAAAUAUCACUAUGUUGACAUCAUUAUGCAAGGAGAAUUGGACAGGAGGCGAUCCACAGAGCCCCAGAACUUGGAACCCGAGAAGAACGAGGGCUGGAUGUGGACACGGUGGGACGAGUUUCCUCCUGAAGACCAGCUCUUUUUGCCGCUGGCUCAUCUGCGAGCACAAGGAUACCAGCCCUUCACAAGCGCAGAAGGAGAAACUGUCAAUUUAUAAUUUACAUUUUUGUACAUGCAUUUCCCAAUGUGACGAAAUGCAUCUGCCACCAUCAUAAAAAACAUUUCCUUUGAAUCGAUAAAGAGGCUGGCAUCACUCAAA